AUCAAUAGUGAAUUAUUCGGAGCGUGAAAUGAACAUUUAUUAACCGCAGCUUUUUGACUUAGUUAAAAGUAAGAAACAUAUUUCAUAAGAAAAAUAUUUUUUGCUCAUAAAAGGGAAAAGCAUUACAAUGUCGAAAGAAAAAUCAGAAUUUUUAGAUGUUGAUCCAAAUUUUGCAACAAAAGCCAUUCACGUUGGCUCAGAGCCUGAACAAUGGCAUUCUUGGGCUAUGGUUCCACCAAUUUCAAUGGCCACAACAUUUAAACAAAUGUCACUCGAUAAUUCCAAGGGUUAUGAGUAUGGACGUUUAGAUAAUCCUUCGAGAGCGGUCCUUCAGAAAUGUUUAGCAGCCCUUGAUGAAGCAAAAUAUGGUCUAUGUUUUGCAUCUGGUUUGGGUGCAAUGACAGCUUUAGUCUCAUUAUUUAAUAGCGGUGAUCAUGUUGUAUGUGGUGAUGAUAUUUAUGGAGGUACAAAUGAAUUACUUCGUGAAGUAGUUAGUCGUUUAGGAAUUGAAAUAUCAUAUGUUAAUACCACGGAUGUCGCAAACAUUGCCAAAGCAAUUAAGCCAAAUACAAAAUUAAUAUAUUGUGAAACACCCACCAAUCCAACCUUAAAAGUAACAGAUCUACGAAAAGUCGCCGAAUUAGCAAAAUCGAAAAAUAUUUUAACAGCUGUUGACAACACAUUUUUAACAAGUUACUUUCAACGGCCGUUAAAUUUAGGCAUUGAUGUAGUUUUAUAUUCGUUAACAAAAUACAUGAAUGGACAUUCCGAUGCAAUGAUGGGUGCAUUAGUCACAAGCAAUGAGGAAAUUUAUAAACGUUUAAAAAUCUUACAAAAUGCGAUGGGUAUUGUACCAUCACCUUUCGAUUGUGCCAUGGUUACACGUGGCUUAAAAACACUGGCGGUACGGAUGAGAGAACAUAUGUCGAAUGCAUUGAAAGUUGGACAAUUUUUAGAGAAACAUCCGGCUGUUGAAAAAGUUUUACAUCCAGGUUUACCUUCUCAUCCUCAAUAUGAAUUAACUAAGAGUCAAACUUCUGGCCACAGUGGAAUGCUAUCAUUUUAUUUAAAAGGAGGUCUUGAAGAAUCACGUAAAUUUUUCAAAGCUAUUAAGAUAUUCGCUUUAGCUGCAAGUCUGGGUGGUGUUGAAAGUUUAGCUGAACUUCCAACUUUAGGGGCUCAUUUGCACGUACCAGCCAAACAAAAAGCUGAACAAGGAAUUACCGACAAUCUAAUACGAUUAUCCGUUGGUAUAGAAUCUAUUGACGAUUUACUAGAAGAUUUGGAUCAAGCUUUAAAGGCUGCAACAAGUUGAUGUUUAAGCUUUUUUUUUUACUUAUUUUUAAAUAA